AUGAAUUGGCUAUUUGAACUGCUAGCCAUGGCCGAAAAGGAGCAUACCGCAAUCCUGGCCUCCCGCUCGAUGUCAGUUUCGCAGACCGAAGCUCUCGAGCGUCUGAAUUUCCCUCUACUUCGCAUUCAUUAUAAAUAUUUUCCUCCUACGAUCACCAUCGCCUUCAUGUCACUCAUUGCGACUGUCUGCUCCUUUGCAAUUAUCACGUAUCGGCUCGUAUUCUGGCGCAAAUUUUCUUCGACUUACUUGGGCUACAAUCAGUACGUCAUCCUGAUAUACAAUUUGAUCAUAGCGGACAUGCAAACAGCCGGGGGGGCUAUCAUGACACUCCAUUGGUACCGAGUCGGCCAUAUCCAGGGUAGCUCGAAUACUUGUAUCGUUCAGGCAUGGCUGUUCCAAGAAGGGGUUCCAACAAGUGGCUUAUUUGUUCUGGCGAUCGCUAUACACACCUUCAUCACCGUUGUACUAGGCCGCAAACUACAGUACCGGACAUUCGUGUGCUGCGUGAUUGGUAUUUGGGCACUUGCUGUUUUCCUUACUGUGCUACCGAUGAUAGUGGGAGGAAAACAUGUCUAUGUGAACUCUGGCGCCUGGUGUUGGAUUUCUGCAACCCACGAGGACUUGAGACUAGGGACUCAUUACAUUUGGGUUUUCAUUUCUCAAUUUGGAAGUGUUAUUAUCUACAUCAUCCUCUUUUUCUUCCUACGCCGCAAGGUAGCUGUAUCUGCGACCCUUACUCAGAGAUCCCAGGACAAGCUCUCCCGUCUUAGGCGCGUUGUCCGGCUUAUGCUUCUUUACCCCACUGCCUAUGUCUUUCUGUCGCUACCCAUCGCCGCCUCGCGAAUGGCUACUGCAGCCGGUACAACGCCUUCGUUUACCUACUACAUUGUCUCAGCAAUGAUAAUGUCAGCAUCUGGACUUGUUCAUACGGUCAUUUAUGCUGUUACUCGUAGAUCAUUGAUCUUGAACUCCGAGACUACUCAACACAAAGGCGGAGACGGCACUUCUUCAGCACACCAAGAGGGAAAUUCACAAAGAGAUCUUGAAAAUACAGCCUGCACUACGCUUGUUAGCAGUGAUGGUGCCUUCUCCCCGCCUAUGUACAAGAAAAUGUACAGUCGAAUAAACGGUACCUCGAGUCCGGGCCCGAAGGAGGAGCAAUACGAGAUGAACGGUGUCUAUCAACAGACUACAAUAUCUGUCACGACCACCACCUUACCACCGCCUACCAGAGGAGAUACAUCGUCCGUAGCGACUAGGGACAGCUCAAGGACCUGA